AACCCUUCUGGUAGUAGGCUUGGCUUUUUGGAGCGAGUUCCUUCGAGAGUUUUUAGAAAGAGAGAGCGAGUACUACGGCACGGAGAAGCGAGCAGGCACACAACACAGCCAGCGAGGAAAGACCUGUAAACAACCUGCAGUGGUGAUAUACUGUAGAAAUUGACUCUGCAGAGCUAGUCAACAAUGGCAGACAGAGCGUCGGCGAACUAGCAACACGGAGACAGGCAGCAGUCAAGGAAACUCAAAAGAAACCUGUUCCAUUGUUAUUCGCAUGCGUGGAGUGGGAAAGACAAGUGUGCAAGGUUUGCACGCGUCUUUUGUAGUGAAUUAUCACAAUAGUUUAUUCUCUUUAUACCUGGGAAUUGUGAAUAAUAUUAAGAGUUUUUAUGUGUGUUAUUAUUGCUUUUAAUUGCAACUGUGCAGAAGAAAUGGUAAGCCGUCAGCGUCGGAGGAAAUGACAGUGCCUCAAUAAAGAGGAUAAUAAUACAAAUACGUGUAUUGCGGAAUAAGGAGUGAAGAACGCAAAGCAAGACAGUGAGAAUGGCUUCGAAGGAAAGAUUAUACGAACUCUGGAUGUUGUACUUUAACAAGAAGGACCUCGUCUACCUGCAGCAAUGGCUGGAGGCGUUUGUGACCUCGUUUGAGAAAAUCAUUGAUGUCAACUCCUUGGAUCCCAGGCGGCCAGAGGAGUGUGCCUCAGAGAUCCCCCUGCUCCCCCAAGACUUGCUGCAAGUCCUGAGCAGCCAGCUUGCCCACAGCACCCAGCGCCUCAGCAGCAAGCAGCAGGAGGAGGAGGAGGAGGAGGAGGAGAAUGGAGUGGGACAGACCCUGCUGCUCAUCAAGGUCCUUAUAAUUAUCUGCAGGAAUCUUGAGAAUAUUGAAGAUAACCAAACUCCAGGCUUCAUCUACGAGACAAUGAGGCUUCUCUCUUUCUGCAUCACUGAGCUGAAGAGCGUUGCAGGGGAGCACAGCCCCCUGCAGUCGGUGGUCCUGUAUGGUUUGCACCUGUGGGAGUGUGUGUUCGACCCCUACCAGACCUGGAGGAGGCAGCUGACUGGGGAAAUUGUGAGCGUGCAGGAGAGGAGCAAGUACAAGUUCUCGCCUGUCUCACUGCCAGAGGAGUUCACAGCUUUCUUCCAUGAGAGCUUCAAGGACAGUGAUAAUCUGCCGGAGAUCCUGAGGGUGCGAUUGGUCCACCUGUACGGCGCCAUCAUCAUUGGCUGCAAGAGAAAUGCCCUGCUGGCCAUCGUCCCCUCAGCGGUGAGUGACCUCAUGGGGGUCCUCAGUUCCUGCUGUUGCCCUGACAACCAGGAAAUGAAGGACCCGCAGCUGCUGCAGCUGACCCUGAAGUGCCUGACCGCUGUGAUCCACCUCCUGCACGCCAGCAGUCUGGACCAGCGGCAAGUGGACAUCAGGACCGUGCUGGACAGCUACUUCUGGGUCCUCAACUCUGAUCACCUUGGCGCGGGGGCUGGGGAGGGGGAGGCAAGAGACUGGGAAGACCGGCUUAUCACCCUCCGCACCAGCAUGCUCAGAGCUAUCCCUGAGAUGUUAAACUGCGCUGAUCGGCCGGUCCUUCAGGCCAUAUUUCUGAAUAACAACUGUUUCGAGCACAUUUUGAGACUGAUACAGAACAGCAAGCUUUAUGUGAGCAGUAGGUGUAAGAUGGAGUGCGAUGGUGCAUGUGAUCUCACUACACAGUUACUGACAGAAAUUGAUAUCAACCAGGUGUUUGAAAAAGGCUCAGACUCCAUUACUGUCCACGCUCUCAGAGUCCUCACUGCCAUCAUGACCAGCUCUCCGUCUGCAAAGGAGGUUUUCAAGGAGAGGAUUGGCUACUCUCACCUGUAUGAUGUGCUGCUGAGCCAGGGCCAGACAACCAGGCAACUCCUCCAGGAGCUCAUGAAUAUGGCUGUAGAAGGAGACCACACACAGGUUCCGGCUGUGCGGAUCAACAACGAACAGCCUCUCCUCCUGCUGGUGCAGUGGAUCCCUGAGCUCACCUCCUGUGACCUGCAGGUGCUGAUAUCUGAUUGGCUGUGCCGGGCCUGCGGGAGUACACUGGGCAACCGCACCACCGCGGUGCAGGCGGGGCUCGUGAGUGCUCUCCUGGACGUGCUGUCCGACCACCACCGCCUGGACAAGAAGUGUGCAGACCAGCUGAUCGAGCUGCUGCAGUCACUGGGGGCCCUUUCCCUACCCCCUGGGGAGCUCAAGCGCCUGCUCCUGCUGCUGAGGCCAGAGUCGGGGGCCACGCACCCCUACUGCAGCCGCGUGGUUCAGGCCCUCUCUGCCAUGGCCGGGCGCGAGGGGGUGGACAGCGCCUUGCAGUACUUCGACCUGACACCCAGCAUGGCCGGCAUCAUGGUGCCUGCUAUCCAGCGCUGGCCCGGCUACGGCUUCUCCUUCCACGCCUGGCUCUGCCUCAACAUGCAGCCUCUGCACGUGCCGACCCUGCAACACAGACUGGACAAGGGACCACGCAGGAAACAGCUCUAUAGUUUUUUCACGGCGAGCGGGACCGGGAUCGAGGCUUUCUUCACAGCUGAGGGUAUGCUGGUGGUGGCGGUCUGCACCAAGAAAGAUUAUAUGACCGUUGCUUUGCCCGAGGUGUCCUUCAGUGACUCUGCCUGGCACUCUGUAGAUAUUGUGCACAUUGCCGGGCGGCGCCCCUUCGGUCAGAACCUGGUCAAUAUCUUUGUAGAUGGACUGCUGCGCAAGUCUGCUCAGCUCAGAGUCCCGUCCCUCAGUGAGGCCUUCACCUCCUGCUGUAUCGGCUCGGCAGGGCACCGAACCACCACCACCACAGCGACCCCCACCCUGCCCUCCCCCCAGCACCCUCCAGACUCCCCCUUCCUGAGUCAAGCGCCAACCUUGAGCCGCUCCCAAUCUUUUCCAGCCUCCUUCUCUGGACCCGCCACCCGGGACUGCCUGGUCCACACCAUCCCUGCGGGGAACCAGGAUGCAGAGUGGGGGAGUCCCACCUCCCUGGGGGGCAUGCUGGGCACUGCCUUCGUCUGCCACGAGGCCCUGCAGCCCGCCCAGGUCAAGGCUCUGCAUAGCGCAGGACCCAACAGCAUGUCCCCCUUCAAGUCAGAUGGGGAGCUGUCAGACCUCAGCAGCAAACUGCUGCUCUACUACACUCCAAAGGCCUGUAAAAACCACAUCUGCCUCGACCUGUCUCCUCACCACCAGUACGAUGGCAGACUGACUGGGCACAAAGUGGUCAACUGGGACGUCAGGGAUGUGAUAAACUGCGUGGGAGGGAUGGGUGUGCUACUGCCCAUGCUGGAACAGGUGAGCUGCCAAACUGAGGAGUCCGGGACCCUACAAGAGAUUGCAGACCUGGUGGGACUCGAGCUCACCUUCUCCCACAACACCCCCAGCAUGCUGCUGCCACUGGGCAAGUCCUCAGAUGGCAGGCUGGAGCGGAACAGCGUGGCCUCCUUCCUGCUUAUGGUGAAAAACUUCCUGCGACACCAUCCUGUCAAUCAAGAGAGCCUGGUGCAGUGUCAGGGGCCAGCCAUCAUGGGGGCGCUGUUGCAGAAGGUGCCAAGCCAACUGAUGGACAUGAGCGUGUUGAUGGCAUGCCAGCACCUGACUGAGCAGGUCGGCAGUGAGGGGAACAGCGUCCUGCUGCACUACCUCUACCAGCACCUGCUCUUCGACUUUCGCAUCUGGAGCCGCAGCGACUUCGCUGUCCGCCUUGGACACAUUCAGUAUGUAUCAUCCAUCAUCAAAGACAACAAGCAAAGGAUCCGCAGGAAAUACGGAGUGCAGUACAUCCUGGACUCCAUCAGGACGCACUACGGGGGUGAGAAGGACGAUGCGGUCCCAGUGGAUGAUGUGCGGACGGUGCAGACUUCUCUCUUCCAGCUGGUCCGAGAGUUCCUAUCGCGGACUGUGGCUCCAGAGGAGCUGCAGAGUGUCCUGUCAUACGCAGCCGCUGUCCAGGACGAGCAGCAGGUGUGCGGAGUUCUGGAGGUGCUCCACGGGUUGCUGCGUGGAGGCCCCACACGGGAGCAGCUCUUCGGAUUGCUCUUCGACACGGGCCACGUCGAGGUGCUGUACUCACUCCUCGUGCAGAAGAAAUACAGUGACGAGCUGAGGGAGAGGGUCUUCAAGAUCCUGUAUAAGAUCAUGAAGUUUGAUAAGGUUCCUGAGAGGAGUAAACACCGUCUGAAGCUGAAGGACAUUGGCUACCAGGGCCUGAUCAGCUACCUAAACGAGGUCCCAGUCUCCAUGUGUCUCAUUCGCUGCCUCUCAGAACAGGUCCUCGCCGCAGAUGUGAACCCCAACUACCGGGAUCUGAUCGCAGUGGUGUACCUGUCUCGCAGAGCGGAUCUCACUGUCAGACUGGAUGUCUGUCGUAAGCUCUUCCACCUCAUCUACACGAACCAGGACAACAUGCGUCAGCUGGCGCGGCAGGCUGGCUGGCAGGACACUCUGACUAUGCUGUACGUGAAGGAGUCGUACGAGUCUCGGGAGACCAGCCUCUCCAGUUCCCCAAACUGUGACGCACUGGACCUGCCGCGGCAGGGGCCUACCAUGCUGGAGGACCCACAGGAAGCAGGGGCAACAGCAACGGCAACGGCCGGGGAUCUGUCAGAUGUCUUCCUGCCCUUCGGCUAUGAGACCCCCGACACAGAUAUCUCUGAGGGCUUCUCAGACCUCUCUCUGUCCCCAGGCAACAGCAGCUGCCCCCAGAGGAUGAAGAUGAAGUCCUACGGGAACUCCUUCGACUCCCAGGACGCGACCAGCCGCUCUUCCUCCAACACCAUAGAUAUCCCCGGGGCCCAGGAGGAGGAGUCCCCCUACUCCCCGUUCUCCCCAUUCAGGUCCUCCCCUUUUGAGCUGGGCCUGGAGCUGACCAGCACAGGCUCGCUGGCCGCCGUGGAGAGUGGCAGCCAGACCCCUGUCAGCCAGGCCGACACCCCCUCCCCCCUGGAGGCCUUUAAACCCUUCCCGGGCAUGAGGGCAUGCAAGAGCUCCAGCCUGUCCAACGUGCUGGACGAGAGCAGCUUCCAGGAGCCCCAGCCUGGGGACAACACCUCCAACACCAGCAACCCCCAGCAAACUCCAGAGGAGGAGCUAUGUAACCUGCUCACUAACAUCGUGUUCUCUGUGACGUGGCGUGGGGUGGAAGGCAGCGACGAUGCUGUCUGGAAGGAGCGUGGGCAGGUCUUCUCCGUCCUCACCAAGCUGGGCUCGUCCUGCGAGCUUGUCCGGCCCCCCGACGACAUCAAGCGCAGCCUGCUGGAGAUGAUGCUGGAGUCUGCCUUUUCAGACAUCAAGGACACAGGGGCCACGCUGCCUGGCCACAUCCAGAACGUGGUCAAGCUGCUCCGCCUCCUGCAGGACUUUCUCUUCACCGAGGGCCAAGCCAACCAGGCGCUCUGGAGUGAGAAGAUUUUCGAAGGGGUUGUUAAUCUGCUGGACAGGCUGCAGGCCUGGUGCUACCCUGUGAACGGGGCCACAGACAUGAGGGAGAUGCCCCAGAUUGGCCUGCGCAUCAUCAUUGGCUACAUCCAGCAGCAGAACGCACAGGUGUGUGCGAUGGCCUGUGUGAAGCUGCACAGCCUCCUGCAGACGGUGCUGUCUCUGCGGAGGGAGGAGGUCUGCUUCCUGCUGGGCAGGUUGGACGGGCCGCUCUCUCACUCGCUGGCGGGCGGGCGUGCAGACUCCUUCACGUACCUGGUUCCCAUAGUGAGAACCCUGCUGGACCAGCACUACGAGAUGCUGGAGCUGCCCUUUCUUCUGCCCAAUAUGCCCUCCACCAAUGGCAGUGUCACCCUGUUUGAGGAUCUGCAGAACUACUGCAGCGCUGUGGAGUGGCAGACAUUCAUCGAGAAGCAUAUCCAGCCUGUCAUGGCUCAGUACGAAGAUGAUACGUUUGGGAAGAGCCACGACCUGAUGUCUAACUUUUGGAAUUCUUGUUUUGAUGCGCUGAUGAGCAGCUCUCUGCGGAGAGAGAAGGAGAAGGCUGAUAGCAGAGCCAAGUUCCAGGAGUUGAUUGUGGAGCCCUACCUGAAGAGGGUGCGCUCUGAGAACCUGCGCUAUGCAAAUAUGCUGAAGCAGAUGAACAACCACCACAGUACUGUGCUGCGACAGUGGAGAUCCCUGAGGAGACUGCUGACCUGCCAGAGAGGGGCCUGGGCAGAGAGGAAAGAGGUGGAGGUGAUGUGGAAGCUGUCGAGUGCGGAAACCUACUCCAAAAUGAGGCUGAAGCUGGUCCCCAAUUACAACUUUGAUUCUCACUCUGAGGCCAGCGCUCUGCGGGACAACAUGGGUGCUGACCAUCUGCACAGCCCCACAGAGUCCAUCCCACUGGCCGUGGCCAAAGAGGCGAAGGUCAGCGAGAUGGAGGAUGACCAACUGGGGGAUGAGGACCUGGUCUUUCUGGACAAUCAGGUGGACGAGGAGGAGCAGAAUCAGAAAGAGAAGCUGGUGAUCUCAGAGGACUGUGAGCUCAUCACCAUCGUUGCCGUGAUACAGGGUCGUCUGGAGGUCACCACACAGCACAUCUAUUUCUACGAUGGCAGCGCAGAGAAGGAGGAGACUGAGGAAGGAAUUGGGUUAGAUUUCAAGCGGCCUCUGUCCCAGCUGAGGGAGGUGCACCUGCGACGUUACAACCUACGCAGGUCAGCCCUGGAGCUGUUCUUCAUCGACCAGGCACACUACUUCAUCAACUUCAAGAAGAAGGUUCGAAACAAAGUGUACUCUCGGAUCCUGGGUCUCCGUCCUCCCAACCUUUUCUACUUUGGGUCUCGCUCACCCCAGGAGCUGCUUAAGGCGUCUGGGCUCACACAGAAAUGGGUGUGCAGAGAAAUCUCCAACUUUGAGUACCUGAUGCAGCUGAACACCAUCGCUGGCAGGACCUACAACGACCUCUCCCAAUACCCUGUGUUCCCCUGGAUCCUGUAUGACUACAGCUCCGAUACUCUCGAUCUAGACAACCCUGCCAUCUUCCGCGACCUCUCCAAACCCAUCGGAGUGGUCAACAGCCGGCACGCCAUGGACGUGAAGGAAAAGUACGAGAGUUUUGAGGACUCCACAGGCACCAUUGAUAAAUUCCACUAUGGCACACACUACUCCAACGCAGCGGGAGUCAUGCACUAUAUGAUCCGGACUGAGCCCUUCACCACCCUGCACAUUCAGCUGCAGAGCGGCAGGUUUGACUGUGCAGACAGGCAGUUCCACUCUGUGCACGCAGCCUGGCAGGCACGCAUGGAGAACCCCGUAGACGUGAAGGAGUUGAUCCCGGAGUUCUUCUACUUCCCAGAGUUCCUGGAGAACAUGAACGGCUUCGACCUCGGCUCCCUGCAGAUGUCUUUAGAUAAAGUGCACGACGUCGUUCUACCAAAGUGGGCUGAAUCCAAGGAGGACUUCAUCCGAAAGCACAGGAAAGCGCUGGAGUGUGAGCAUGUGUCUGCCCACCUGCACGAGUGGAUUGACCUGAUCUUUGGAUACAAGCAGAGGGGACCUGCUGCAGUGGAAGCACUCAAUGUCUUCUACUACUGCACCUACGAGGGCGCUGUGGACCUGGAUGCCAUUGCAGACGAGACAGAGAGGAAAGCUCUGGAGGGGAUCAUCAGCAACUUUGGACAAACUCCCUGCCAGCUGCUGAGGGAGCCCCAUCCUCCCCGGCUGUCUGCUGAGAACGCCGCGCGGCGACUGGCUCGCUUUGAGAACAGCCCCCCCAACCUCCUGGAUCACCUGUCUGAGCUCAAGGCCUUUGUAGAGAGUAUCAGUGAUAACGUUUCCCUGGUCCAGGCUGUCGUUCCCAAAAACCAGGCCCGCUCUUUCAUCACCCAGGGCUAUCCAGACCUGCUGAUCACAGUCAGUGCCAGUGGAUUGCUGGGAACUCACAGCUGGCUGCCCUACGAUAAAAACAUUGCCAACUACUUCAGCUUCAGCAAGGACCCAACUAUCUCCAACCCCAAGACCCAGCGUUUCCUGUUGGGACCCCUGUCCCCCGGUGUGGAGCUCACCUCAAAGAUCCUGGUGGUCUCGCACGACGGGAAGCUUCUAUUCAGUGGGGGGCACUGGGACAACAGCCUACGGGUGACUGCACUGGGCAAGGGGAAAGUGGUUGGACAGCUCAGCAGGCACAUCGACAUUGUGACGUGCCUGGCGCUGGACCUCUGUGGAAUCUACCUCAUCUCUGGCUCACGGGACACCACCUGCAUGGUGUGGCAGGUCCAACAGCAGGGUGGGUUUUCCUGUGGUCUGGCUCCAAAGCCGAUUCAGGUCCUCUAUGGACACAACGAUGAGGUCACCUGUGUAGCCAUCAGCACCGAGCUGGACAUGGCGGUCUCGGGGUCAAAGGACGGCACAUUGAUCGUGCACAGUGUGCGGAGGGGGCAGUUCUUGCGCACCUUGCAGCCAGCCUGUGAGCGCUCUCUCCCGGUCACUAUCUCCGACCUGGUCGUGGGGCUGGAGGGACAUAUCGUCACACAGACCAUCCUGCAGGGGAGGAGCACGGUCAAGGACAAGUUUUCUCUGCACUUGUACUCUAUUAAUGGGAAGCUGCUUGCGUCGGUGGUUCUGGAGGAGCAGGUGUCGGCGAUGUGCUUGACUCAGGAGCACGUCAUCCUGGGUACAGUGCAGGGCUCCCUGUACAUCCGAGACCUUUACAGUCUGAAGGUGAUGAUGAGCCCUUUGGCGCUGAAGGUCCCAGUCCACAGUGUAUCCAUCACCAAGGAGAACAGCCACAUCCUGGUGGGACUGGGAGAUGGCAAGCUCAUUGUGGUGGGGGCCGGGCAGCCCUCCGAGGUGAAGACGGGCCAGUUCACUCGGAAAAUGUGGGGCUCGAAGCGCCGCAUCUCUCAGAUCUCUUCAGGUGAGACGGAGUACAACCCCACAGAGACAGCUAAUAAAUAGCUGCAACCACAAUGCACCAGACAGAAGGCUGGAGAAGAAUCUGAGAACUUCCAGCAUGACGGGGGCUGAGAAACCCAGGACUAAAACAAAGCACUUUUCAGACUAAAAGGGAAUGGAAGCUCCCGCUCAAAGACUCCGCCGCUACAGCCAGACAAGAGAACAAGCCUGGGUCGGGGAGAGACCCUGUAAUUCCCAGACUCCCGCUCUCUCACCUGCUGCUUACCACUUUCCACUUACAACUGGUUUUAUAUUCUUCAAAAAAAAUCACAUUCCCAUUGCAUUGAAAAUUCAGUUUUUAUCACAAAGAAAAGACCU